AACAAGAAAGAAACGUAAAAAAGAUUCAGAGUUACCUUUCCCCAUUAUCCUUUGCACUUCUUGGUAAUCUUAUUAAAUAUCAUAUUAAGAAUAAGCAGUUACUUAUUUAUCAUCCUCCAGAAUGCGUUGGCCCACUAGUACAAGUUUACCACAAUGUUUUCAAUCAGUUCCUGCAUGAUUAUCAUAACAAAGAUCUAGAAAUGGGAAAAGAACAUUAUCAAUGGGCUCUUAAGUUCAUUUAUAAAAUGGCAGACAUAUAUCCUAGUGAACAUGAGUAUUCUAAAAAAUUUAGAGAAAAAUUUCGACAAUUAUUUGGCGAAGAAUUAAAAAUAAUUCACCUAGAUGAUGAAUCUUCAAAUGAUGGUGUAUUAGAAUAUAAUUUCCAUUCAUUUACUAGACCUUGGGUGUGUGUUUUAGAAGCAGUGUAUGUUGAGAAACCUAUUGUAGAUCCCUUAAUAGACCUCAUACCUCUUAUUUUUACAAAUAUUCGAGAUCACGCAGAGCGA